AUGGAAGGGCCGUCGCUCAACUUCUAUCGCAAUCAAUUGGAAACGGCGCUAGCACAGGUCGACCGAUCCAUUGAACUAUGGGAAGAGCGGAGAGCGACAUUUGUACUCUUGCUUGAGCAGUGGAAGGCUUUCCCUCAAUUAGCGCAGAAUCCCGUCGAUGGUCUACGGCUCGACUUCCUGGACCAAGAACUACAAAAGCAUCAAACGCAGCGUGGUAAAUGUCAAGAAAACAUCAAGAAGUUCGAUGAUUUGGAACGCCAGAUGCGAGCAUUGGCCGUGAACGAUGUUCCAGUGACGGAUGUACAAACCGGAGAAGAGUGUAUCGAUAUUCGGGAGGAGUUGGAUGACGACGACAAUAUCACAUCAGUCAAAUUGACGCCGCAACGGCAUGCUGUGCUGGAUGCUGUUGCCGCUGUUGAGCCAGCGCUCAAGGACUCAUCUAUGACAGAGCCUAAGGUGAACGGUGCGUCGAAGGAGAUCCCACCGCAGCGGGAGAACACGAAAGUAUCUCUAGUCGAGCCAAGCGUUGACGAGGAAGCUGCGAUGACACCACCUGAAGGAAUGCCCACGUUCACACUUGUGGCUGGACCAGAUGGCCAAAUGGAGAUGGUAGCAGACAAUGCAGGCAUGGUGCCACAGGUUGCCAUGUUCGACGACCUGCAAACCAUGAAUGAGAUUUGCGAGAGUAUGGAGGAUGAGGAGGAUUUGGAGGAAGAUGAGUAUGGACGUACUCGGGUGGAGAUCCCAAUACCAACGUCGCUUGAACGGAAAAAGAAGAUUGUCUUUGCAGAAGAACUGCAUCAAGGUCCAUCUGCCGGCAAGCUCAGGCCUACGACGCCAAUCCUUAAAAGACAGACGAAGUAUCCCUUGCCUGACGAGGUACCGAGAGAAGCGAUUGGCAAAGGCAAAGGAAACCUCGCUAACCUCGAUCUGGAUCCCGAAGAUGGCGCCGAAAAGAAACCCAUGAUCAUCAGACGGCUGACGGACGAUGAGCUACAGGUGAUUCGACAGAAACGUCAAGCAUUAGGCAAAAAGCAUAAACGUCGCAAAUCUGCAGAUCCUCAGCAUCCCGUUCGUUCCGAUUCAUGGGAUGAACAUCAGCAAGACUUGCCAGAUCGACCACAGACUGCCAUUGGAGAUGCGGAUACCAAGGAAUCAAAAGUGGCGAGAGCAAAAGAGUUGCUGGCUGCUCAGAAUGAUAUCGCUUGGGCCAAUGCGCCCAUUUCACCAGAUGAUUCGCCUCAAAUCAGGCCGACUGUGGUUGCGCCCAAACCACGCAAGCCGCCGACACCAGAACGUCAAGGCUCGUGGAAUGUUAAUAUCCCAUCGCCACUUUCACAGUCUACGGUUCCAUCGCCUGCCAAAGAAGUGGCAUUUUCUGAGACUGUCACUGCCAAGCUUGCUCCGUUGGCGGAUGAGGUGGUUGUACCGACUGUUGUUGAGCGACGAGAGCGGAAGAGACCGCCUGCAGAUAAGCAGCCAUCGCGACAGUCUUCUAUUGAUCCUAUGGUCUUAUCACCGACUCCACGCUCUCCGCCACCACAAGAUCGCGAGCGUGGUCCAGUGACAACUGAGGGACAAGGCAGUGUCUCUCACUAUAUGGUACGCAGUACGGCCAAAUCACCACCGCCACAUAUUGCAAUUCAUGAUCUUCUCGGUGAUCAGCCUGCGGAAGUCAAUGAUGCUGUUCGAGGAGAAGCCUUGGGUUUUGUUGAACCACAAAAACCAGCGCAUCCAGAUGAGAUUCUGCCUACAUCAGUCAAAGACCAUCAAGUCAUGACGGACGGCGUUGUUGAACGGAACGCGAUGCCAAUACUCUUGUCAGAGUCGCAGCAAGAUGAGGCUGACUUGGCGAUGCACAAGAAGGAAGCAGCACAAGCCUAUCACAAGCUUAGGUCACGCAUGAUUCAAGCGCAGGGCGGCUAUAUUGAACAGGAGGAGGAGGUGGAGGAUGUUCCGCUGGAGGAGAAGCCAAAAAUGAGCCGGUUCAAAGCCGCACGCUUAGCAAGAACGCAGUGA